UAUUCCCAUAAAAAACUUUAUCCCUCCCUCUGCGACAAGAUCCAAAAAUCACAGAAAGAAAAAGGAGACAAGAGAGCGGAGACCUGAAGAGCAGAGGAGGCGCCAUGAACAAUAGCCACGUCGAGGAGGAGGUCGGGAAGCUCAAAGAGGAGAUCCAGAGGCUCGGCCAGCAGCAGCCCGAUGGCUCCUACAAGGUCAAGUUCGGUGUCCUCUUCAAUGAUGACCGAUGCGCGAACAUAUUUGAAGCAUUAGUUGGCACCUUGCGGGCCGCCAAGAAGAGGAAAUUUGUCACCUACGAUGGCGAACUGCUUCUGCAGGGUGUUCACGACAAUGUGGAGAUAACCCUCUUCCCUCCUCCCGCUGUAGCUGCUGCUUGAAGUUUGCAGCUCUGAAAUGUCUCUCAUGUCAUUUUGUUGAUGUGCUUAUUAUUUGUUGUGCUUAAAUUCCUACAAAACUCCCAGAAGAGUACUAUUGUGUGAUGCAUAACUCAUGAUCCGUGCAGUUGCUUUGCUCUAUUGCUUGUAUGGUUGUGUUCGAAACAUGUGCUGAUAUACUAUCUCGUGAAAGACACAGUCACAUGCUCGAGCUUGGAAGUAAUGGCCAUGUGUUAGUGAAA